AUGUGGUCAGGCGUGUAUCGCCUUCAGGGCUUGCUUCUCUGUAUCUCGCUCUUGGUCUCAGUGGUUGAGUCUAUAACUGUUCAUGCAAAUGGAGUCAGAUAUGUAGGCGCCCAGAAUUACACGUCUAGGAUCAACACCUUUUGGGGCAUCAGAUAUGCUGAGCCUCCCGUCAAGGAGUUGAGAUGGAGGGAGCCAGUGCCCUUCAAUACUAGGUGGCGAGGUGUCAGGCACGUCAGGGCGACAGAACCUCCCCCGGCGUGCUGGCAGAGCACGCCCGCCUGGCGCCCCAAUAUACAGUCUGAUCUCUGGCAGGAUGAGGAUUGCCUACGCCUUAACAUCCAGACGCCGAUGGAUCCAGCAUCUCACCGGCUACCUGUGUUGGUCAUGAUCCAUGGUGGAGGCUACCUGGCAGGAAGUACGCAGUUUACAACAGGAGACAGCCUGGUCCACCAGUCCAACGGUUCCGUGAUCUAUGUGUCUAUUCAAUAUCGCCUAGGUGCCCUUGGCUUCCUGGGUGGAGAUGAGCUAAGAGGUGACGGAACGCAAGGAACAUGGAACGCUGGUUUGCUCGAUCAGCGACUUGCUCUCGACUGGGUUCGGGAUAACAUCCAAUACUUUGGCGGUGAUCCCACAAGAAUCACUAUCACAGGCAGCAGCGCUGGUGGGGGCUCUGUGGCCCUGCAGAUGGUCAUGUACGGCGGUAGACCAACCAAUCCCCCAUUUCAAGCAGCCAUCCCAGAGUUUCCUUGGUGGACGCCUAUGUAUGGAAAUGAUUGGGUUCAAGACCAAUACAAGCGUUUCCUUCAAGCUGCCGACUGCGACUCAAUCAGCUGCUUGAGAAAGCUGCCAAUCGAAGCUAUCCAAACAGCGACUCGGACUGCCAGCGAGUCAGCAUAUGCCGACAAGAAAUACGCCUUCGGAACCUUUUACUGGGGUCCAACAAUUGAUGGCCGGAUUAUCGAGGCGAACCUUCAGGAAGAAUUCCGACAGGGGCACUUCACAAAGGUGCCUAUCCUGGUGGAUCGAAAUUUCGACGAAGGCUUCAUCUUCUCCAAUACGUCCGUCGCCACCGAUGAAGACGCCAUGUCUGAUCUUGCAGCUCUGUGGCAUGAUGACACUGGCUAUUAUGCCGAUACUGUCUGGAGUCUAUACCCAGAGUCAAGCUACAACACUUGUCACCUCAGUAAACUGCCAGUUUACGACCUUUUGAAGAAGUCGGGGGCCAUCAACAACACCCUCACCAAUAGCUUCAUCAGAAGAUCAGCGCUUUUCGGUGAUGCACUCGUCGGCUGUCCAACCACGUACAUGGCCCAGGCGGUGGCCAAAGCAGGCAUACCAGCCUAUAAGCUGAUCUUCAACUCUGGAUAUCAGUUCCACUCUGCAACUGACAAGUUUGUCUACAGCAACUACACCAACGCUGACGGGUCUCGGAUCGCCCAGGGCGCCCAAAUUCCCGGCAACGCCACUGUGGCCACCCUUUUGAGACAAUACAUUCUCUCGUUCACCAUGUUCCAUGAACCAAACGGUCUUGGUCCCGACAGCCAUUAUGUCCCCGAGUGGCCCAGGUACACGUCGCAAAAGCCAAAGGCUUUGUAUCUGGCGAAUUCAGGCGUCGAGGUGGUUGAUGACUUUGAGUCUUCAGUCCAAUGCCACUUCUUUCGAAUGGGACGUGGGAACAAUGCUGGCUUGUGGCCAGAAUGGUAG